AUGUGCCAGGUUCUGAAAAGCACCGCAGCUUUGGCCAAGGAGCUCCGGGCAAAGGUGAUGCUCCUGGAGGCAGGACGUGACGAGCUCGACCUGCAGGCUGGAAGGGUGAGCUAUGCAGAGCUGCUCCGCACCAAGUACCAGACGCUGGAGGCAGAGUACGAGGAGCUCCAGCAGUACACUGCUGCUCUUCGCAGCGACUCGGCCGCUGCUCGGGGCCGUGCCCUCCAGGCGGAGGAGCUGCGCAGACAGGUCGAUCGGCACGUGAAGGAACGCGGAAGCUUGGAAGCAGAGCUGGCCAGGCUCCGGGCGGAGGUCCGUGCCUUAGUGGCAGAGGUUCAGGAGCUGCGCUUGGCACCUUCAGCAUCGCCGCUGGCCAUGGCGGAGCAGUGGGUUCUGUACGCGGAUGUGCCCGACCUGGCAACAACCUCCAGCAUCACAUACCUCGGAAGGGUCACUAUUGACUUCAAUGAUCAGGAGCUAACCAGCCUCUUGGGUCCGCUUGCGGCUGUGAACUUCAACCACUGUGCCUCUGCCACGUCUGCCUUGGAACGUGGAGAUACUUCCAGGACUGCACUGAAGGCUUACCGCAAAAGUGAUCCAGAAGGGCAGGGCCAUCUCGAGAGGGAUGGAAUGCAUGCUUUUUUGGCAGCAGUUUUUCAGAAUUAUAGUCUGACGCCUCCACUGGAAACUCACAUUGGAGUUCUGUACCGUCGGUUCGACCCAGAAGACGACAGGCUGGAAGCUUUGGCGUGCCUGUGCUUAGCAGAUGCGAUGAUCAGAAUGGUGCUGCGGGCCGGCCUUUCUACACUCCAGCAGCCUCAAGCGGCACCUGCGGCACCUCGGUAUCCGGUCGCUGAACCAGUGUUAAAGUGCCGAGCAUGCGGGGAGAUCUUUGAAGAGGACGCAAAGUUCUGCAUGGCUUGCGGUGCAAAGCGGCCGGUGACUGCAUCACCACACGCAACUCUAAGCAGCCCUGCCUUGUCACGACCGUUGGCUUCGGCAUGUCCGGCCAGCAUUUCCUACGCGCGGAAGCUCUCAGUUGAACCUGUUGCUGCAUGUGGAGCAACCACAGUGGGUGCGAAGGUAUUGGAUGCAUCACGAGUCAAGAGUUCUGCUUUUACUGCUCCAGCCGUGCAGUCUCCUCCGAUGAUACCCCAUGCGCUCAUUGGGACCAUGGCAAGUAACGGUGGUGGACGGCUUGCUGGCACUUUCCCUUGA